GUUUUUGGUGCUAGACGCAUCGCCAAGAUUUGAGAGGGUGAGGGAUAAAGGGGGAAGGGGUCGAAACAAAUAUGCGGGAUAAACACAAUGAAGGUAAAGUAGACAGACUACUAUCAAGCUGUAUAGUUUCUUAUCCUAUAAUUUUGGCAUUCUACGGCAUCAUCCAUUGCUACAAUGCCCGGGAAUGGACUAGCACACCGUGUGCCCUUCCAAAGUUUCGCCUAUGAGCCCGUAGAAAUAGUGUCUCGAUCAUUCAUUGCUCAAGUGAAUUUUGUUCUUUCAUCAUCCAAUGUCGCC